AGAAAACAGUAAUGACAACUCGGGAUUUUCUGUACAUUACACAUUAUUCAUGUAUAAGACUGAAUUGAGAUUAUUACCAGUUGUGUUGUACAUUGAAUUCGGAUAUAUUUUUCUGUGUGUUUUUUUUUUAUUAUUCCUAUAUUGGCUCUGUUUGAUUUUAAUAUUGUUUUUACCUGUCUUUAACUUUCUGCCACGAUUGCACCUCCAAUUUCCGACGACAUGACGGCGGAUAACCAACCGCCACCGCCGGCACCGACAAAACGCCGUCGGGUGUCUAUGUGCGUGGGAUGUGGGUCUCAAAUCCACGACCAGUUUAUACUCCGGGUAGCCCCAGAUUUAGAGUGGCACGCCUCGUGCCUGAAAUGUGCAGACUGCAACCAGUAUCUGGACGAGUCAUGCACGUGUUUCGUGAGAGAUGGAAAAACGUAUUGUAAACGAGACUAUUCGAGAUUAUUCGGACAAAAAUGUGCAAAGUGUGACCAAAGUUUUCUGAAAAACGAUUUUGUGAUGCGUGCUAAGGACAAUGCGUAUCAUAUAGACUGUUUCCGGUGUGUGGCUUGCAGCCGACAACUUAUUCCCGGGGACGAGUUCGCACUCAGAGAGGACGGACUAUUUUGUAAGGCGGAUCAUGACGUUGUUGAACGCGCUUCAAUCAAGGACGAAAAUAGUGAUUGUGAAAGUAGUCCGUCUACUAAAAGUGUCAACAGCAUAAAUAAUAACAACAAUAACAACAACAAUAAUAAUAACCUCGAUAAAACGAAAAGCAACAUUCUUAACAAUAACAUCAUCAAAUGUGAAAAAGGAAUUUCAAGUGAACGGCGAGACCACAGUCAUGGUAAAAAUGGUGUUAAAAAGGACCACAAACCUACCCGAGUGCGUACAGUGCUUAAUGAGAAGCAGCUUCACACGUUGCGCACGUGCUAUAACGCGAACCCAAGACCGGACGCUCUUAUGAAAGAACAAUUAGUUGAAAUGACAAACCUUAGCCCACGUGUUAUACGGGUUUGGUUUCAAAACAAGCGUUGCAAAGACAAGAAAAGAAGCAUCUUAAUGAAACAGAUGCAACAACAACAACAGGAAAAGAAUGGCGGUCGGCUUCACGGACCAAUGCAGGGAGUUCCAAUGGUUGCGUCAAGCCCAGUGCGACACGAGAGCCCGAUGCAGGCGAACCCAGUCGAGGUCCAAGCCUACCAACCUCCAUGGAAGGCACUGAGCGAUUUUGCCAUGCAGAGUGACUUAGACCAUCAUCCACCUUUCCAACAACUGAUGAACUCUUUUGAUCACAUGGACACAGAUGGACCCCAGGACCUUAGUAUGGAUAAUGGAUUUACCGGAAGUCACGUGGACACUUAUUAUGGAUGGCCAAAUCACCAGGAUGAAUACGUCACAACGGGAUCCCCGAACUCUGAUUAUGGCGAUUAUGGGGAAACUCCUUCAGACUUGUCAAGUCCAAUGAGUCAAUGACCUAAAUUCUAAAAAUAGAUUUCUAUUAGGGUACGUGGUACAAAUUUACAACGAGGCAUUGGAAUAAAGAAAGUGAAAAAAGGAGUGAUGGCAAACAAUGGGUGUGAGACCGGUUAAUUAACAGACAAAUACGGGCAACAAGAACGUGUAUUCAUUUAUAAUGGAUUAAUAUGUUACUAUGGAAGUUCUUGAUUCCUGUACAUUAUGAGAAUACAUGUGUUAAAGUUGAAACUCUAAUUUAUUUAUACAUGUACGUAUAACUACAGGGAAAUCGUCAAUUUAAUAAUGAACAUUUGGUCAAGUGACUAAAGUAGAAUACUUUUAUAUAAAUGUGAAUUUUUACAUAAUACGUUCUCAAAGAGUUCUCAAACACAAGUGGUAUUACUGGAAACUCUUGAUGUCACAGAUAUAAUAAUGUAAUUUAAAUUAAAAUAAAAAAACGUCUGUAAAUUGUUUUUGAAAAAGUGUGCAAUAUUUCUUGUGAAAGAAUAAAAAUGGGGAAAAUGUAAAUUAUUGUUGAGCAGAAAUUUGUGGUGAAUAUGUGUUGUACAUCUGAAUGUUUGCAAAAAUCUGAAUUGUUGAUGAUAAUUAAAUUUAUUAAGUAAAUGCCAGUUUCAACGGGUUAUAUAACUGAAUGCAGGAAAAGAAUCUUUAACCAAUGGUAUAGAAACAAAUUAUUUUAUUCAGCUGGAGUAAAAAUAUGUACCGUGACAGUUUUAGAGUUUCAAAACUGAAAAAAAACGUACAUGAAUCGAAGUCUGUAAAACUUACAAAAAAACGAGGCUACCAAAUUAAAACUUACCAUAUGUUCAUGUCAAUGGCCUCAUUGCCUUAUUUGAAAUUGUAAUUUUGUUGUUUGUUACAACAAAUUGAUAUAUGAAAUAGAAAAACAACAACAUUUUUUAUCAUUGUGGCUCAAUAAUAAUAAUAAUAAUAUAUAUACCUUGAAAUAAAUUGUGUAAAAGGGUAAAAAUGUAAAAAUGAUAUAAUAAAAACACGGGUUUCAAAUUUGUUAAUUUUUCUUUUAAUUUGUGAUGUGAAAAGUCGAAGUUUAUAAGUAAAACAAUAAACUAGUAUUUCUCUCCUGCAAAUUCAAAUUUUGUUUUCUGUAGAAAGUUUCAUAUGUGCAUUGAAAACACUUAAAUAUUAAAGUAUUUCUUCUUCUUUAUGUAGUUGAACAAUGAUACAAUUCUUUUGUAAAAAUAAAAUAGUCUUUGCUGAAAAGAACAAAAUGUAGUAGUAAUUUUGAUUGUAGUGGUAUUUUUAUGCGACUUUCAAAUGAGGACAUACUAUCUUGUAAUGCAAAGAAAUUGAAUUUACUUUUUAUUUAAAGCUGCAUGCCUCAAGAUUUUUUGAAAAUCAACCUUGAGAAAAAAAUGUACUAAGAUUUUAAGAAAUGUCAAAGUAUUCACAAUUUGAUUAUUAUAUGCAAUUGAUGACUGUUUUUUUGCAGUAUUUAUCAUCAUAUAUCUACUGUGUGACUAACGCAGUAAGAGCUAUUUUUGCAUAUUUUGACCUAUGUGAUGGUAAUUUUCGUAGAUUUUAAGUGUCGUUUGCAAUGGUAAAUUCACUUGACAAUAUUUUACUCUUUAAUACAUUUAAAAGAUUUCAUGAAAAAUAACAUGAAUCUGUAGGCAUGCUGCUUUAAACUCAUAUAACAAGUAUUCUAAAUAUAUACACAUGAUAUAUGAUAUAAACUCUUUAAUGAGAAGUAUUAUGGGUAAUAUAAAAGAGUCUUUUAUAAAAGGAUCGAUUUUGUUUCGGUUUUGUGAAAUUGUGUUGUAAAACAUCACUUAAAAACAUUAUAUUUCAAUACAAUAAUGAUGAUCUUUAUUCAUCAUUUGAAGAAUUUCUUCACGAACGUUUAUUUAUUGUUUAUUUAUUAUUAUUUUGUGAAUAAAUGCGUGAUUAAAUAUCAA